AUGGUUGAUUCCAAUGAGAGCACACAAGAUGACCCUUUAUCAGCUGUAUUAUCCCAAUUAGCCUCUCUAGAUAACUCUGAUCCUGAACUUCAAGCUGUAGACGACGAUCAAGAUAUGCAGGACAUUCUUGAUGCUUUACUUGAAUUACAGCGAUUAGAGGGACAAGAAGGCGAUUUAUUUGAUCAAGACAAUCUCACCAUUAGUUAUGCUAUUUCACUUAAUCAAGAGUUGCAACGAGAAGCCGAAAGGCAGGUUGCACUUAUCGAUCAGCAAAUGAAGUUGGUGAUAGAUAGGCUUAACAACUUGAAAGCCAUAGCUCGGCAGGAAAGCACUUGCAAACACUUUAGAAAGAGUGGAUAUUCUCAAAGUGUAAAGAAAGUCUUGUUCUUUGAUGAAAGUGAAUUAUUACAGGACAGUGACGAAGAAAGUCAUGAUGAGGAAAGUGCAAGUAGUGACGAGGAAAACGAUGAAAAUGCAGAUAAUUCAAAUAAUGAAGGGUAUAGGAUAGCAAGGGGAUGGACAGGAUUGGAAAGAAAGAGGUUAUUUGAAGCAAUCCAUUCGGAAGCAAAGAGAGUGAUAGCUCAUGAAUUUUUGAAAAGAAAUGAACCAUGGCGUGUUUGGGAGAUUGACAAAAUGGUUCCGUCUGAACUAGAGGCUGUUCCUGUCAACAGGAUUGACUGGGAACGUGUGAGCUCUUUACAUGUCACCACUCGUGACCCUAAUGAAUGUUUGAUCCAGUGGACGACGCAAGAACAUCCCGCUAUUAACAAGAAGCCUUGGUCUGCUCAGGAAUCAGCCAAGCUUAAUAACCUCGUCUUGACUCACGGCGAGAUUGGGCAGUGGGAAACGAUCGCAAAUGAAUUAGGCACCAAUAGGACGAUUUCACAGUGUUUUUCACGGUAUAUGGCUGAUAAACAUGCUCGUGGACAACACCGAAAAUGGACACCAGAGCUGGACGCACUCUUGGAGAAGGGAGUUCGGAUGUUUGGGGAUCAGAAUUGGCAGCAUGUUGCAUCCAUGUUUGGAAAUAAGUCAGGGCAGCAAUGCUUGCAAAGGUGGCGAAAAGCAACUAGUCCGGCUAUUAUAAAAAAACGGUGGACACCUGAGGAAGACGAUAUGCUGAAGAGGGCAAUGCAACUAUAUGGGGUUGGCAAUUGGAGAAGGAUUCAGAGAUUGGUGCCUGGAAGAACGGAUAUGCAGUGUAGAGAACGGUAUGUGAACAAGCAUGAUGAAUCUGUUCGCCGCGAUAGAAUCACUGCUGAAGAAAAGCAAAGGAUAAAAGAACUUGUAGAUGAGUACGGACCAAAGUGGUCCUAUCUUACUCAAUUUUUACCUGGAAGAACAGAUAACCAAAUAAUGAAAACAUACAGGUCCAUAAUAGCCUCUGAAGAAAGAAAAAGAAAAAGCCUCGAGAGAAAGCAGGAAAAAGAAAGGGAGAAGCUCGAGAAAAAAGAGGCAAAGUUAAAGAUGAAACAGGCAAAACAAGAGGAAAGGGCAGCAAAGAAGAGAUUAUAUGAGCAGAAAAAAGAAGAGACCAAUGCAAACAAAAAACCAAGAAAACGAAGGAGAAAGAAUCAGGAAGAGGAGACUGUUGCUCAAGAAGAAUCGAGUUCACAGAGACAAGAGGGAGAGGAGUCUGCUGUUCAAGAAGAACCAAGUUCGAACGAACAAGAGGUUGUUACUGAGGGAGAAUCGGGAAAAUAA